GCCCCGGUCCCUCGGUCGUCGCAAGGCGCCGGCAGCCCCGUCCCCUCCUGUUCUUCAGGACGUGUUCAUGGAGCCCCAGCCCGGGUCGCCGACGUCGUCGCCCUUCUCUCCGAUGGGAGCGCCGGACGAGCCAGAGGAGGAGGCCACCGAACUCGAUCCGGGCAGGAAGUCGACCUCCAGCUCGUCCUCCUCCUCGUCGUCGUCCGCGUCGUCGGCUGAUGAUAUCCCGUGCCACAUCGACGUCGUCGACGUCGAGCUCGUCAACCCGUUGGCGGCGGUGCUGCCCGAGCACGGACACGGAGCGGAGGCCAAAACGGUCCGAUCGGCGACGCCGGAGGAGGAACGAGCCGGAGCCGCCCACGUGCACGGCGAGCCGGCUGACUGCGCGGUGACGAAGGACGUACAGCAGGCCGGUCCCGCCGUGCACAGCGCGGAGGCCAAGCCGGACGACUGGGCGACGUGGCCGGAGCCACCGCCUCCGGCCGUCGACGACUCGUUCGCGUCGUCGGACGGCGGGGCCUCGCUGGCGGAGGCGCCGGUCUGGCCGGCCAACCUCGGAGCGGCGGGGGCGGGGUCCGGCGGGUUCGACCCCGGGAGGAUCCCGGCGUCCGUGUUCCAGCACAGGACGUCGGUGUCGCAAGCCGAGUGGAGCAUGGCGUCCAACGAGUCGCUCUUCAGCAUCCAUGGCGCCGGCGACCUGUACCCCGGCAGCAGCAGGUCGCACUUCGACUUCUUCUACGACGAGGCCAUGGCGGAGGCGGACUCCAAGCUUCCGUCCCUGGCGGAGGGCGCGGAGCCGGUGGACGCGGCCGAGCCCAAGGAGUUCGCGGCGCCGGGCAACGACGCCACGAGAGCCGCCGCCGCCGCCGCCGCGUUCCGGCGGCACGAGAGCGGCUCCGGAAGCAGCUCCAGCAACUUCUCCUUCGCGUUCCCAAUACUGGCGGAGACGUCGCCGAGGAAGAAAGACCUCGUCAGCAGCGCGCUGUACCAGCCGCUGGAGAAGGAGGGCCAGCAGCCGCCGCCGCAGGAAGAGCAGCCGCAGCUGGAGCCCCCCGUGUCGGCCUUCAUGGAGAUGACGACGGAGGAGGAGCGGCGGAGGGGCGACGCCGGGUGCUGCUGCUGCGGCUGCUGCUGGUUCGAUUACUCCUGGUGCUGCCGGUGCCCGUGGUGGCGAUGCGGCUGCUGCAUCUGCUCCUGCCCCAGCUUCUGCCGGUGCGGCUGGUGCACAUGAGAGAUCCAGCAGUUGGCGGGAGAUCACUUGUUGCCCGGAACUUCAUUUGGUCUCACGAGAACGAGAUCCGCGUCGCGCGCACCUCCUGCUUGUGUUUUCGGAGGAUUAUUCGGCAGACAGGGUUUGGCGUUGGCAUGUGCACGUCAGCUGACAAAGAGCAUACUGUACAGUGUACAAUCUCGAGAAGGAAUGCAAGUUCAAACGCAUGGUUUUGCU